AGCGCUGAGUUCAUUCGGGGUGGUUGCAGAGAGAGCCCAUCUUGGGACGCGUGGAAACCGCCCGUCAAGCGCGCCAACUUCGACCGACACAUGGCGCCGUUGCUCGAUGCUGGCGAGCGCACCCGUUUCAUUCUCCGCGUGGACGCAGAUGGCUUCCAUCGGGUUAGUGCGCAGUACGAUUGCACCAAUGAGUUCUUGGCCUCGUUUUUGGCUUCUGUUCUGCACCCCGACACGAAGGGCGCCAAGAAAAGAGCAUGGGCCCACUUGAAGGACGUCGCGGGUUUUACUCGAUACCUGUUUCCAGAUUAUGCUGCCAUUCGCUUGACUUUGGUAGAGGGCAUGCUGAAGCAUGGCCGCAUCCAGAACGCAUUCAAGAAAUGCCGCGAAGACGCAGACAAGACCGUGAUCGGCGUCGACGGGCAGUACUCCACGCUACUUUCGGGCUUGUACCAGACACAGCACGGCAGAGCUGGAGUUGACCCGAAAAACGGCAUUCACGUGCAAAUUUCGGCUCAGUGCAUGGGUUCCGUGCUCUUAGUGCAGCCUGCGCCAAGCGAAGGAACCGCACACAUAAAAAAGGCACUUCUGGAGGCGGUCGGCCGUGGGAAUGGCGCAACGCAAGUGCGUAUGAUCUGCGCGGACGCGCCAGUUUCAUUGGACGAGUCUGUCCUUCGCACCUCGUUCACGCGACUUCAGUGCCUCGCGAUGGGCCCUCUGCACAUCGCUCUCAAAGUUGAGCAGGCGUCUGGCGGGAAGCGCACUCCGUUGUCGAAUCUCGCCCGGCGUUGCAUCGUCAAGUUCUCGAAAGGCAUUGACGAUGGCAGGCCGUAUUACCGCCGCCAGAAGCGAGUGACGGAUGCGCCGUUGCUAGAGGACGCGGUGGCGUCGUUGUCAGAUGCGUCAGCUGCGCGGAUCAAGUUGGCGAUUGGCGCAGAUGGCUACGCCGAGCUACGAUAUCGCAGCAUUGCGUCUUUCGCUAGGGGCAUGGCAGCUUUGUGCAAA